AUGUAUGGCACCUCUCAUUCCUCCGUUUCCGCUCCCAUGAAUGGGAUCGGAGGCGACCUGGUCGAUGGUUCGGGAACUAUUAAUCCCGCUGCUUUGAAUACCAACAACGUCGCAGUUAUUCUACCCACCCCUUCAUUUGGUACGAGCGCAGCCACCGCUCCUCGCGGGAUCAAGCGGAGUCGGACUCCAGAUCAGCGCGGAUUGUCCCGCGCUGAUGGAGAUCAUGACGACGCAGGAGCAGACGAACAUGGCCGUCGAAAGCGCGGGCGCCCUCCAAAGACGCCGCGUCCCUCUGCCACGGCUAUUGGCGAUCAAGCGACUAAUGUUCAUAUGCAAACCCCGCGAAUGCAAACACAGCCCCUCCCUCACCAGGCGGGUGUAUCACCUCCGCAAGCAUCACCUCCGGACAAGACCACCCCGACCAAGUCUACUCUGGUCAAAGCGCUCCCGACUGUCCGAGAUCACACGACGGACCAACUGAACGAGGAGGGCGACGAGUACAUCCCAAAGGAAUUCGAUGAGGCUGGCGAGAAGAAGGUCGAUACCAUGGGUUAUCUUACAGGCGAACGGGAGUACAAAUGUCGUACGUUCCGUGUGCCUCACCGUGGAACGAAGCUUUUCAUGUUAGCAACCGAAUGCGCACGUGUACUUGGGUACCGCGACUCAUAUCUGUUGUUCAACAAAAACCGAUCUCUGCACAAGAUUAUCGCCACCCAGAUCGAAAAAGAUGAUUUGAUUCAGCAAGAUAUCCUUCCCUAUUCUUACCGGUCCCGUCAAAUUGCCAUUGUGACCGCAAGGUCAAUGUUCCGUCAGUUUGGCAGUCGAGUGAUCGUGAACGGACGGCGAGUGCGUGAUGAUUAUUGGGAGGGCAAGGCCCGGAAACAGGGUUUCACGGAGGACGAUCUAGCGGGCGAGAAACGCCCCGGGGGGGCCAAAGCUCGCGAUGCAGCCGCGGCGGAAGCGGCGAGUGCUGCCAGCCUCCUACCAGCUCUAGCCCAUGGCGAUGUCAUCUAUAGCAAUGCGCUUGAAGCUAUGCCCAACAGCUUACCUGUGGGUCCACCGUCGUCCGUUUCUCUCGCGCCGCUGCCGAUGAUCCAUAUGGCCACCACUACGGACGAUCCACGACUGAGAGAGUACAACAGUAUGCCUCGGGCCCGCCAGGAGUUGACGGGUCAGCCGUAUCAAGACCGGACACAACCCAGUACUGCAGCAGAGAUCCUGAACCAGGCCUCUCACACUGCCGACUUCAAUAAGAUUCUGAGUUCCCAGCGCAGCUAUCGCCAGAAAGGCUUGGAGGAUUUCUAUUCCAAGCAACGUGAGAUCCCAGCGUCCGCGGCUCAGUCGCAACCCGGGCAGCUCGAUUCGGCUCCAUCGGCAUCUCAGCCCUUGCAGUCUCCUCAGAUCGCGUCGGCUCCGAUGAUGAACACGACCCAGCCGCAGCAGGCCAUGCUCCCCCAUCAAACACCGAUGAUACCCGGUCAGCCGGGCUUGCAGCAGGCGGUGGCCCACCAGCAACCCCCUGUGGGACAAUCACCCGCCCGGACGGGGCCUGCAGUUCGCCCUGACCUGAUGCAUCAGCGAUCGAACCCCUCUCUAUCUGCAGGUACUCCGCAGCCUCCAGGCCCGUACGGUUACCCGUCACAACCGCAGCAGAUGUGGGGUCAACCCCCGCCCCAACCGCAACCGUCGCCCUUGUCCGCCGCGGGUCCGCAGGCUGUGGGAAUGCCACAGUAUGCCUCCCAGCUACAUGCACAGCAACAACACUCGCCCUCACCUCUCGCGCAACAUCCGUCGCAGUCUCCACGGAACCAACCCCGUCCGUCUGUGCCACAAAUGCCGCAGUCUUUCCCAUUACAUCAUCCGCAGGCACCUCAACAACAGCAGAUGGCGUCCAUGGGCUUUCCAGGCGGCACUGCGGCCCCAUAUGCUGCAAUGACAGCUGCAAGAGGCAUGUACCCUUCGACACAGGGGCCUGGUGGUCAGCAGUUUAUGGCAGGAGCACCCCAGCAGCCAGGUCUCGCCAUGGGAAUGAGCGCGGGAGGUGCCAUGCCUGGCUGGGCCCCAACACCUGGCGGACCCAUGCAACCAGGACAUCCGCAACCAGGUCAAUCCGGAGCUCCACUUGGAUGGUCCGGUUACUAA